UGACUACUAGCUAGUAACUAACUAGUAACUACCAUAAGAACCAUAACUGCAUACUAAACAUGCCAAACUUCCAAAUCAUCCACUUCAUUCCCCAAUCUCGCGAAGCAAUCAUCCUCAACAGCCCAGUACAUAGCAUCACUGCAGUACCUCACACCCAGACCGCCGGCACCAACCACUGUCAUACAGUCCCAAGUACAGUCCUCCAUGGUGGCUCCAAAGGAUACAUAGCUAUUUCAGAGCUUCCAUAUCUUUGGGCACCGGAUGCUCAGACGCAGUUCAAGGUUCAUGUUCCUCCGAAUCUGAAGGUCAAGGACAUCUACAAUCUACUCAUUCAAAAUGACCGCCACAAAAACGAAUUCGACUUCUGCAGGUGUCGGAUGCAGUUUGGUCUGCUUCAGCAUCAAGGGUUACUUGUCGAUCCGGAGGAAGUAACGGCUGCGAAGAAUGGAAUUGUACUGUUGUGGCCAGAUCAGACACCUCUGCUGCUUGACCAGGGGGCUUAUUAUCAGUGA